UAGAUCCAAUGUCAUUGGGGCUGAGUCUAUGAAGGGACUUGAAGUUGAGGAAAACAAGCUUGGAUUUGAUACGUGUAAGGAAGGGUGGGAUUUUAGGAGAAGGGUAACUUAAUCAGAGCAAUGACCAAGGAAGAUGACUUCAGCAUGAGCUUUUUGAAGAGGCUAGAAAGGGGAAAGUUACAGUAAAUGAGGCAAGAGCUGAAAACCCUUGUCCUCACCUUGCUUAUCGGUGAGACUAGUGAGGGAAGAGUGGACUUUUGUGAGACGUUACUGGAAUAAGUAACAAUUUGAGUGAGAGACUGCAUACAUAGGAAGAAGAAUCACGGAUGAUCUCAAAGUUGAAGCCAUUUCCCAAACAGUUUGUUUACCAGCUGAUUUGGUGGGCCGUGGAGCAGGAAAAGAGAAGGGUGUGAGAGAGACGUUAAUAGAAUCUGGAGGUUAAAAACUGAAUCAAAACUUUUGGUCUCCUCAGUUUAAAAACACAUCUGUGCUUAUGAAAGUAGACAAUGACAACUGACGAGGCCACAAAGAAUGAAGAAGUCCAGACAGCAGCUCUUGCUGAACAAGGAGAGGACAUCACACCCAAUCAAGAUCGAGGGGUUCUGAAGGUUGUGAAGAGGCCUGGUAAUGAGGAUAAAUCCCCUAUGAUUGGAGACAAGGUUUAUGUUCACUAUAAAGGAAAGCUGGCCAAUGGAAAAAAAUUUGAUUCCAGCCGUGACAGGAAUGAGCCAUUUAUUUUCAGUCUGGGGAAAGGCCAGGUAAUCAAGGCAUGGGACAUUGGGGUUGCCACCAUGAAGAAAGGGGAGAUCUGCCACUUGCUGUGUAAACCAGAAUAUGCGUAUGGCUCGGCUGGCAGCGUCCCGAAAAUCCCUUCCAAUGCAACCCUCUUUUUCGAGAUCGAACUUCUUAAUUUCAAAGGGGAGGAUUUAUUUGAGGAUGGAGGAAUCAUCCGGAGAAUCAAACGGAAAGGGGAAGGAUACUCCAACCCAAAUGAAGGAGCUACCGUAGAAAUCCACCUGGAAGGAUUUUGUAGUGGCAGAAUAUUUGACUGCAGAGAUGUGACGUUCGUUGUUGGAGAAGGGGAAGACCAUGACAUUCCAAUUGGAAUUGACAAAGCUCUAGAGAAAAUGCAGAGAGAAGAAUACUGUAUCUUGUACCUUGGACCACGAUAUGGGUUUGGCGAGGCAGGGAAGCCUAAAUUUGGCAUCGAGGCAAAUGCUGAGCUUGUGUAUGAAGUUACACUUAAAAGCUUUGAAAAGGCCAAAGAAUCCUGGGAGAUGGACACCAAAGAGAAACUUGAGCAGGCUGCCAUUGUCAAAGAGAAAGGGACAGUGUAUUUCAAGGAAGGCAAGUACUUGCAGGCAGUGAUUCAAUAUGGGAAGAUUGUGUCCUGGUUAGAGAUGGAGUAUGGCUUAUCAGAAAGGGAAUCUAAAGAAGCUGAAUCCUUCUUGCUGGCAGCCUUCCUCAACUUGGCCAUGUGCUACCUGAAGCUGCGGGAGUACAUCAAAGCUGUUGAGUGCUGCGAUAAGGCAUUAGGACUGGAUCAAGUCAACGAGAAGGGGUUGUAUAGGAGAGGUGAAGCCAGACUACUAAUGAAUGAAUUUGAAUUGGCGAAAUGUGACUUUCAAAAAGUACUGGAAGUAAACCCGCAGAACAAAGCUGCCAAGUCCCAGAUCACGGUCUGCCAGAAGAAGAUGAAGGAGCACAAUGAGCGUGACCGGAGGAUAUAUGCCAACAUGUUCAAGAAGUUUGCAGAGAGAGAUGCAAAGGCCAGCAAAGCCGUGGGAGAGAACGAGGCGGAGAAAGCAACAUGUGAAGAGGGGCUAAAAACUCCAGUGGCUGAAGGCAAAGUCUGAGGGGCACAUCCGAUGGAGGAGAAGGUGGAAAGUUGAUCCUUAUGAACUUGGCCUGCGCCAAAACAGGUUUCUGCGGAACUCAGGACUCCACAGUGUUUAUUGUAAAGCUUGUUACAGUUUGUGUGAUCGUGGAAGCAAAAUGCCUAACCCACAGCUUCACAAACAAAAAUGUUUAAACAGCCCUUCUGCUGUGAGCAUGGUCAGCAGCGGAGCAGAAGCAAAGGGACGGUGGGACCACCCCAAGUGGAACAAAUAUUUUUUAAAAAGAAAGGGGGAAUGACAAAAAAAACAAAAAAAACAACAACAAAACUUGGCACUAAGAGGGUUGACUGAGACGGCUCAAGUCCUGCUUAUUUCAGCUCAUGUCAAUUUUCCAUACAAUGUGCAGGGUCCUCUGAAAUGAGUUAGAAUGUAGGAGCUAUCAGUUGUACAAUUCAGUAUUGCAUUUGGUUGUACUGUAAUAGCACAACUUGGGCCUAUGAUGUUGUUUAAAAACAAAUUUGACUCACGUGCUACCAAGUCAGGGUAUCCUGCUGUACCUACUAGAACAAAGUGAAAGGCAGCGUGCCAUGGUUUGUGUGCUGCAGUGUUAUGGACUUGAAAGCCAGAAGCAGAGAGGUUACCUUCUCCUGUAAUUUCUUUCUUCUCUCUCACUCCAGUAUAGACUUCAAAUAGGUUUCUGUAGCACAGGGGACUGAACGAUCUAGCUCUUCUGGUUACGUUCAGUGGUGAUGACCUCUUGGGGGUUGGUUUCUGUCGGGAGGUUUCUUGGAUACGUUUCUGGGGAUGUUACAAUGUGGUGACAGGAACCGGCAUUAAAGUCCUGCAUUUCAUCAUGACUUUCCCAUUUCCUUUUCGGAAACUGUUACAAUGGCACUCCCACUAGUGCUGCUUCAGUUACGUUUUUCAUCACUUCCAUUAGAACUCCUCUCUCUUCUUAGGGAUUUAUAAUUUGGCUUUUAAAAAGUGUUUCAUUCUGGAAGUUAAUUUAUUUACGUUUUAAAAAAAAAUUGCACCACGUUUUAAUGUUGGUGGUGUGCAAACAAUUGUUUUCAGAAGCUGCUGUUUUCAGAUGCUUAAUUUACAACCUGCAGGUUUAAUUUUUUUUAAAUGGCGUUUACAGCUUAUUAGGGGGUUGUGCAAAAAAAAAGGGCAGAUGAAAUAUUGUGGUUCAAAACGGUUAUUUGGUCUCUUGCUGCACAUACGUGGUACCAGGAAUCAUAGCUUGCCAAUGUAUAGCUUUUAUCCAGCACUCACUGGUGUUUUGGUGAGAGCUGUAUUUGUUUAUUAAUAACCUACAAAGCACAGAAAUACAUUGUGACUUACAGAUCUGACUGGGAAUACACAUUCUCAGCAUACACUAUUAUGGCUCCUUUGAAACCUAGUACAUACUUCUACCUUAAAGGGACACUGUCACUACCUUUUUAAAACAGCUUUUAAAUUUUUAUUUACUCUCCUUUGUUUGUAAUACCCCCUUUUGAAGCUUGAAAAUAAAACUUCUUUUCCUAUCA